UUUGUCUCCGUUUGAUUUCCUAAACAAAAUGGCGGGAUCGAGUUCCGAGAGUCGAUUUGUAGAGACCGUAAGAGGACAAGCUUUCGAAGUAGGACCUAGAUAUACUAAUUUAUCAUAUAUCGGAGAAGGUGCUUAUGGAAUUGUAGUUUCUGCUCAAGAUAAUGUUACUAAACAAAAGGUUGCCAUUAAAAAGAUUUCUCCAUUUGAACAUCAAACAUAUUGUCAAAGAACUCUGAGAGAGAUUAAGAUUCUAAUUAGAUUUAAACAUGAAAAUAUAAUUGAUAUCAGAGAUAUCAUAAGUGCUUCAAGUCUGGAUCAGAUGAAAGAUAUAUAUAUUGUUCAAACUUUGAUGGAAACAGAUCUUUAUAAAUUAUUAAAAUCUCAAAAGCUGAGUAAUGAUCAUAUUUGUUAUUUCACAUAUCAGAUAUUGCGAGGACUUCUUUAUAUACAUUCUGCCAAUGUUCUCCAUCGAGAUUUGAAACCAAGUAAUAUUUUACUUAAUACCUGUUGUGAUUUAAAGAUAUGUGAUUUUGGGCUUGCUCGUAUAGCUGAUCCUGAUCAUGAUCAUACUGGAUUUCUUACAGAAUAUGUGGCCACAAGAUGGUAUCGUGCACCUGAAAUUAUGUUAAAUAGCAAAGGUUAUACAAAAUCAAUUGAUAUUUGGUCAGUUGGCUGCAUUUUAGCAGAAAUGAUCUCUAAUAGGCCAAUAUUUCCAGGAAAACACUACUUAGACCAAUUGAAUAGAAUAUUAGCUAUUCUUGGAUCUCCUACUUCUGAAGAUCUUCAAUGUAUCAUAAAUGAAAAAUGUAUAUGGGUUCUUCUGACAAAAGCCUUAUAUGCUGCUAGUUUACCAAUUCAGAUAAAGGAACACAAAGACAACAUUUUGAAGAUCAAUCCUAUUGCCGCCUUAGCGGUUUACAUGAUUUCUGAUUUGGAUUCCAUUUCAGUCAAAUGGGACCAGGCAAAAAUAAUCCGAAAAGUACAGAAUAAAAAAGCAGAUCAGAGAUCUUAUACAGAAGCUUGA